AUGUUUGCCCUCAAACCGGCCGCCUCCGCCUUCCGCGUCCUCACGUACCUCCCGCGCACCGCCGCGCUGCAUACUUCCGUCCCGCUGUUCGAAGAAGCAACGCUGAACCGGGCGGAACGACUCAAAUCGCGGUUCUGGAAGACCGUCACGCUGCAACCGCCCACUGCCACCACCGACGGUUUUCAGAUCUUGUUGGAUGGGAGAUCGAUUCGCACGCCCAAUGGUCAGCCGAUUGUGAUCCCGAGGGAGCGCGAGUUGCUAGCGAGCUGCAUUGCGCAGGAGUGGAGCGAGCAGGGCAAAGUAUUGAAGCCGCACACACUACCGCUGACCAGUUUAGCUGCGAGGGCGUUGGAGGGCUGUAAGGAGGAAGUCGAGAGGAAGGGGAUUGAGGCUGAUCUACUGCGCUACUUGGAGAACGAGACGAUCUGCUUCCAAGAGUCCACCCCACAAUCUCUAGUCGACCUCCAAGACCGCCACUGGACCCCCCUCCUUACCCACAUCAACACCACCUACUCCACGACCAUCACCCCCUUCACCUCCCUCCUCAACAACGACCACCCGACCGGAACCCUCGACAUCUUCCGCACCCAUCUCGCCACCCUCAACAGCUUCGACCUCGCCGCGUUCGAACGCUCCGUCAUGCUCACCAAGUCGUUCCUCAUCAGCCUGGCGCUUGUCAGUGGCCACUUGAAUGUGGAGCAGGCGGCAAAGGCCGCCGAGGUCGAGGUGCAGUCUCAGAUCAACAGGUGGGGCAGCGUCGAGGAUAGUCAUGAUGUGGACCAGGCCGAGAUGCGCAGGAGUCUGGGCAGUGUUGCCAUCGCUACAGUUAGGAAUUAG